CUGGAAGUCUGGACAUUUAAGUGGAGCUCCAGGGUGGUUUUGCUGCUUCUUGCUGUCAUCUGCAAACAGGCACAUGGGUCAGCUGUGCCCAGAUAUAAGAAGUUGCUCAAAACCAAACACCCAAAGAUAUUUUGCAAUAGCUGUGAAAUUUCCUGACUUGUAGCUAUGCUAGCAGCAUCCAAGGGACUAAGAAGGCCUAGUUUUCAGCUCUCCCUCAUUUAAGCUUCUGGCUCAAUAGCUGUCCUGCCUCAGGACAUGAUGACAUUUUUGGUCCUAUUGCUUAUGCUAACAGUGAAGCCCCACAGUGAGUCAGCAGCUCACAAAGUGAAGAGGCAAAGUGACUUCUGGGGAAGCUGGGGAGAGUGGAGUGAUUGUAGCCGGACAUGUGGUGGAGGAGUCAGUGUUCAGCAGCGGCAUUGCUACUCACAAAGGACAGAUGGUGGGUCCAAUUGUGUAGGACCAUCCCGAAGCUAUCGAUCAUGCAAUAUUCAGAAUUGUCCUGAAGGCUCUAGAGAUUUUCGAGGGGAACAAUGUGCAGAGUUUGAUGGGACAGAAUUUCAAGGAAAGAGAUACAAGUGGCUCCCUUACUAUGGAGCUCCUAAUAAAUGUGAACUAAACUGUAUCCCAAAGGGAGAGAACUUCUACUAUAGACAUAAAGAAAUGGUGAUGGAUGGAACAACCUGUGAGCCAGGGAAGCGUGACAUCUGUGUUGAGGGAGUUUGUCGAGCCAUCGGUUGUGAUAACCUGCUGGAUUCUGCUAAGAAGGAAGACAAAUGUCUGCAGUGUGGAGGAGAUGGCAGAGCAUGUUUUGAGGUGAAGGGCCUCUUUGAUGUGCCCAACCUCCCUAAAGGUUACAAUCAAAUCUUCAUCAUUCCCAUGGGAGCCAUGAGUAUCCACAUUAAGGAAGCAACACCGACUAGGAACUUCUUGGCCAUCAAGAACGUGCAAGGAACAUAUUAUCUAAAUGGGCACUGGACAAUUGAGUUCAGCCGAGCCUUACAUGUUGCAAGCACAGUGGUACAUUAUGACCGGGGCUCUGAGGGUGAUCUGGCCCCUGAGCUGCUUCAUGUCAGAGGUCCCACCACUGAGCCCUUGCUCGUUGAACUUAUCAGCCAGGAAACAAACCAAGGGGUGAAUUAUGAAUACUACCUGCCUUUCCAAAGGCAGGACACAGGCUACAGCUGGGGAUAUGGCUCCUGGAGUGAAUGCAGUGUGGAGUGUGGUGGAGGUUAUCAGUCACGCCUGGUUUUUUGUACCAUUGACAAUGAAGCAUAUCCAGACUACAUGUGCAGAGAGAAACCACGACCAGAAAAUAACCGGACAUGCAACCUUCAGCCAUGCCCUCAGACAAAACGAAUAUCUUAUCUCUAUCUGCCGGGAGCACGGAACCACAGCAGAGCAUGGAGCUUGCAAAUGAAGAGCUGGAAAACUGGGGACUGGGGAGUUUGCUCAGCAUCCUGUGGAGGAGGCACACAGAUCCGUUCUGUUUACUGUGUCUCCUAUGAUGGACAUGGUUCUCAGGAUAUAGUGGAUGACGCCAAGUGUACAUCCUCAACAGAGAAGCCACGCAGUAUGCAGCCUUGCAACAUGCAACAAUGUGCAACAUGGACCACAGGACCUUGGUCAGAGUGCUCAGUUAGCUGUGGGGAAGGUAUUCAUUCCCGGACUGUGACUUGCAGGACAGGCCUGGGCCCUCAGACUCAAGAUGUUGCCUGCUUGACACAACCAAAGCCUUCUCAUACCCAACCCUGCAUUGUGGAUAAUUGCAUCCAAGAGGUUGGUUGGCACACUGGUGACUGGGGACUGUGUUCAAAGAGCUGUGACUCUGGCAUCCGAACCCGCCAAGUCACAUGUGCCGAUAGAGAUUUCAAAUCAUACAACCAAGAGAUGUGCAAAGCCAUCCAGCCAUGGGUACCGGAGACAUUUGAAAGCUGCAACAUACAGCCUUGCCACCAACCACAGCAGGUUCCCAGCAUGCAGGACUCCACAGGCUAUGAGGUCAACCGUCUGUCCUUAUUGACCCGCUACAAUCCUGACCGUGAUGCCACAGUUUCUAGAAAUGAAAGAGUAAUCCAAGGUAGCUCUACUCACCACCAGCUCCAGCCCAAUGAAGAUCAUGGUUCAAAUUUCUUACCUCUUCGAUGGGAGUCUUACUCCUCAGUGUCUCAUCGCUUCAGCUCCCCUUCAGAUAUUGCCCCACUGACUGAUGUGCAGGACUGCAGCCGAAGUCUUUAUGGAUGCUGCUCAGAUGGCCGAACUCCAGCUACUGGCCCGCUUAAGCAAGGCUGUCCAUCUAACUUUUGCCAGCAUGCCAGGUAUGGGUGCUGCUCUGAUGGCGUAUCACCGGCCCUAGGCCCAAAUAAGGAAGGUUGCCCACAAUAUUACAGUGAUGUUUAUACAAACAGAAAUGAACCUGCUGCUGCCUCUCAAAGUGCAAGCCGAGUUCUGCCCCAGCAUAGUCCAACGGUGGAGUGCAGAAGUUCUAUGUAUGGUUGUUGUUAUGACAACAUUGCCUCUGCUUCAGGGCCUCUGGGAGAAGGAUGCCUCAACAGACCCAGUCAAUCUUAUCCUGUCAACUGUUUACUACCCAGUGCCCAUGGCCCUUGCACAGAUUGGGCAACCCGCUGGUACUUUGUAUAUGAGGUUGGGAAGUGCAACCGAUUCUGGUAUGGAGGUUGCCAUGGUAAUAAGAACAACUUUGCUUCUGAAGAGGAGUGCAUGGGAACUUGCCAUGUAUCUGUGAGAAGAAGUGAAGUGAGGCAUUCCCACCAUAUUGCAAUCCCCAAUAUCCAGUCUAGUUCUCAUUUGCAAGAAGGGAAUGCACAGGAGCAACAACAACAACAGUUUGUAAGAGGAGCCAUCAGUCAUGGCCAUACAGGAGGACACAAAACUUUCCACAUUGCACAAGGUGGCUCAGGGGCUGAAUCAGCACUGCACCAUGGAGAAAGGGAUUGGGGAAGGACUAUGAUUACAGAUGCGCUGCCAGAGCCUCAGCAAGGGACUGCUGUUUUGGACAGCCAACAGCAAAGUUCUUAUCACUCAACAGCUUAUGGGGAAAGAAGGAUGGAUCCAGCAAAGCACCCACAUGCAUUGGGGGAAACUGCGACAUCUGGACACACUGACACACAACAGAUUGUCAGUGGUCAGACUGUUUACCAUGACCGUGAAGAAUGGAGGCGACCACCUGGAACAGAUGAAUCAACAUUGAAUGGAUUUGAACAUCAUACAUCACGAGACUCUUCCAUACAGCAUUCUCUGAACAGGGUCUUCUUGGAAGGAUCAGGCUCUUCCACUGUGGAUGCAGGCCUGGGACAAAGUAUCCGUCUUCUCUGCAAAGCAGGCAAUUCCCCUUUCUCCAGAGUUGAGUGGCAAAAAGAUGGACGACCAGUACCAUCAGACAGGCAUACUUAUCAGUCUGACAGUUCCUUGGUGAUCAGCCAGCUCAGAGCUGAGGAUGCUGGGACCUAUAUGUGUGUAAUUUCCAAUGGGAGGAUAGAACGCAGACAAAUUCAGCUGAGGAUCAAAGGUAUCUAUAGACCUGCAGUUCCACAGGGCACGAGGCAUCAGCUUAAUCAUGGACAGAAUCAUCAACAUGGAGUAUUUGGUUUAGGAGUUGGUCCUGGGCAUUCACUCGCCUCCUCUGAGCAUCCUCAUUCCACAUAUAGGUUAAAAAUGUACAAGAAUGAGCCCUCUGUAGUUGAUGUUAACAUUGGGGAGCGAGUCAGAUUGCCUUGCCGAGUCGAAGCUACACCUUCCCUAACCAUUGAGUGGCACAAGGAUGGACAGCCCAUCUCUUCUUCCAGGCACAGGCAGCAAGCAGAUGGUGCCUUGGUGAUCAGUCGCCUGAGUUCUGAAGAUGCUGGCUUCUUUACGUGUAUUGCUUCCAAUGGCCGUGAUCAGGAUCAGAGAAGAAUCCAGAUUAGACCUCAAGGAGAGCUUAGAAUCACUGGUGUGCAACCCAGCCUCUCUGUCACUGAGGGUGAGACUAUCCAGCUUCAAUGUGUUGUGACUGGCAACAAUGUCAACAUCAGAUGGUCAAGGAAUGGAGUUCCGGUGAGAGCUGAUGGCCAUCAUGUCCAUGUGUCCCAUGAUGGAAGCCUUCAUAUAAGGAAUGUGCAAAUAGGUGAUGAGGGAUCCUACACCUGCAAUGCCUACAGUGGCAGUAACUCUGUCAGUGCCAGCACAGAAGUGAAAGUGAUCAGGAGGAGAGCAGAAGUACUUGUGCCUCUUUCUGUGGACUCAAGUAAGGAAUGUGUUGACCAACCACACCUUGCCAACUGUGAGCUGAUAUUGCAGGCGCAGCUCUGCAGCAAUGAUUAUUACUCAAGCUUCUGCUGUGCCAGCUGUUCUCGUUAUCAGCCCAAGGAUCUUCCCCGCCAACGUCGCUGACCUUUUCUCUCGCAAAGAGGGAGGAUACCUGCAGCAGUGACUUGGACAAGCAAUCUCAGAUAGACUUUCUGAAGCACACAUGGAAAAGGCAGCAUGGGCUCCUGUUGCAGAACACUUGGCAAUAACUCACAGCUCACCUCCCCAAGUUUUUUGCAGUGAGCGCACCCAGGUUUUUUCAGGCUGCUGGCUGAGCUGCUCAACAAUGAAAUGAAACAAGUGACUAUUUCUCUAAUGAAAAGCAAUAUGGACAACAGGCAAAAGCUAGAAAGGAAGUUGCUUUUAAAACCAAAGCUAGGAAAGCCAUUGAACAGUCAACUGCCACUGCAGACUAAGACCAUUCUCCUUUCUGGAAGGAUAAAUGACUGCCCACAUUUCUGGGGAAACUUUACAGCUGAUCUAGACUUUUAUCACAUAUGAAAGGGGGUGCCCUCAAGCUCCUGCCCAUUGCCCAGUGACUUGAGGGAAUUUUUCCUCCAAGAAGAAAGAACUUUAAUAGAAAGUACAGCUCUAACUUAGCAGCUUUCUUUUCUCUCUCAUUUCCUCUGUCAGAACAGACUUUUAGAAACGUGGAGAGGGGGUGUGAGGGGGUAUUACUCUUUACGUUUUCCCACAUUUAUCAUUCUAUGAAACCAUCGAAGUAUUAUUUAGCUGCUCAUCAAGGGCACUUUUCUGUUAGGCAUAGGAGCUGGUCUAAAGGGGCACCAAAAUAACCCAUUUUCUUUCUGACAUGAAAUUAUAAACUGGCACCAGAGGCUUGUAACAUUGAACCAUGAUAUUAAAAUAUUUUAUUUACAGGAA